AUGUUGAAACCCUGAAUGUCCUGUACACAGCGAAAUCUUAGCGUAUAUUCAAGAAUCCAAAAUGGCGUUUUGUUAAAGUUAACUUGUUACUUUUUCGUUCUUAGUUUUAUGUGUUUGUUAAGUUUGGAACCAAUUUCUCGGCCGAAUUGAGUGCAACGAUGACGCAGGUUCUCGGCGUGGUGCCGACGGCCAUCUCAGAAUCGGCCCAAAUCGGCGUUCGCGAAUUUAAAUGCGAUUACUGUGGGAAAAACUAUAGUUCAGCGAAUUCGCUAAAAACUCAUAUUAAAUGGCACACUGGUGACCUUAAACAUAAAUGUAGUUAUUGUGACAAGAAAUUUAGGAAUCACAGUGAGCUGAGGAGACACGAAAUGGUUCAUACGGGUGAGAGACCGAACGAGUGUAGUUUCUGUAACAAGAAGUUUAUUCAGAAGCAUGCACUUAAAGAUCAUAUGAGGAAACGACAUGCUGACAUGGUCAACCCGGCAGGGGAAAUAGUUUCCGCGCCAUCUGGGUCGGAAAGCUCUCACUCUCGCCAUCCCAGCAGCUCUUCUUCCCACUCCCGUCACCCCAGCAGCUCCAGCUAUGGAGAAAACAGCUUACAAGGCAGCAGCAGUUUUCAAGGAAGCAGUACGGGAGUGGUGAGACGAGAGCUCAUCUGUAAAUAUUGCCAGAUCAGAUUCCAGGAUGAAGCCUUACUGCUGGUUCAUGAGGAGCGAGAAGCCCAGGAAUUUGAGGCGCUUCACGAAUCCUUCGAACAGAAGGAGUUCGGAGAAUUCGAAUCCUUUUCCUUACCGGAAUACCUGGGACACGAAAUAACAGCACCAGAGGUUGAGGAUAAUAACAAUGUUCAGGAGAAGUUUGAAUACAUAAAUAUAGAUCUGGAGACAUUACAGUCUCAUGUUCCAAAUAUGCAGUUGGAGGCAGAGAUGGUUGAGAUCAAGGAGGAGCCGAGGGCAUUCCAGCUUACGAGGAGAUCUGAGCCUGUUAUUCUAGAACCAAAGGCCGAGCCCAAUAGUAUACUUUCAUCUCUUCUUCAGACCAACCAGACUAAUCUUCAUAUCAACCAGACUAAUCUUCAGAUCAACCAGACUAACCAGAUUAACCAGACUAACCAGAUCAACCAGACCAUCCAGACCAAUGUCCAAAUCAACCAUUCUAUUGUUCACAUCAACCAAACUAAACCAACCUUCAGUCCAAUCCAUCAAGGGUCACCCCCGGAUGUGGGGAGUGUCCUGGCCCCUUCUCCGACUGUGCCUGGAGUCUCUUUUACUGGAAAUAUUGGAGUCCCUUCAAGUUCUACUUCCAUGGAGUCCUCUCAUGUUUCAGUGGUGCUUCCUAGCUCUCCACUCCCUCUAUCCUCCCUGGACCCUCGGUCCUUCAACUCUCCCUCUGUAUCUACACUUGGUAGGGCGCUCCCCGCCUCCCCUGUGCCCCUCCCCUCACUCCACCCUCCUCAUUCGCUGAGCGCGCCGGCUCCUAGGCGGCCAGAAGUCGGGGUUCACGGAGUACAGGGUGCACCUGGAGUUCAUGCUGUACAAGCUGGAGAUGAGAGUACAGGUGUACACUCGGGGAUUUCUCAUAUGGAACAGUUGGGGGAUUUCUUUAAUUCUUUAGAGAAGAAAUACCAUCAUUUAGAUCUUCAGCUAGGGAUUCCAGGAUUGAUCCAAGGAAAAAGUUCUUCCACGCCUGUGGAUACUAUCCUUGUUUCCAACCUCACCCAAGAUAUGCGUCCUGCUCAAGAGAUGCGUCCUGUCUCUGAAAUGCGUCCUGACCAGGAUAUGCGUCCUGUUCAAGAGAUGCGUCCUGCCCCAGCGUAUGACGCCUACUCCUCCGAGCACCGGAUCAUGUCCUUGGCCGAGCUGGGGUUCGUGGGGACCAACGGGACCAAUCAGUCCAUUAUACCUGUACCCCAGGACCAGUUUCAGGGACCCCAAGGACCCCACGAUCAGUUUCAGGGACCGAUCAAGCAAGAACAUUUACCCUUUGCUCAGAAAUCUGUUCCUGCAAUGGAAUUCUACGCGGUCAAGCACGAGAUAAAACAAGAAAAUCUGCAAUCGGAGGUUCAGGGAAAUGCGGGAACCUGUUCACCAGCUGGUGGGCCGGUGUACAGAACCGGUUCUCCAGCAGCUGGCGGCGUGUACAGCUGUGUGAAGGAGGAGGAGGACUCCCUGCAGUAUAUAGGUCUGGAUCAGAGUGAGAUACAGGAUCUGGCGGUCAACAGUCAGGUCAAAGCUGAAAUAAAGAUUGAAGAACAUCUACAGGUCGCGAAACAGGAAGAUAUCGGAGCGUUCUGCCAAGGGUUAUUAAAUGAGAUGGAUCGAUCCACCUGGACCCAUCUUAACAUUGCAGAGUUCCAUCUUCAUCCAUCAGAGGAGCAACAGACUGUUAGUAUACAGCCGGUUCAACAGCAACAACAUCAACAACAGAUGGUUUACGUGGAUAACAACUCAACGGAAUUGCAUGUGCAGAAUGGAUUGGAUACUACACCUACACCCUGGGCCACUGGGUCUAGCCUUCCCUCUGGUUGGAUGAUAAGACAUGUAAACUAUUUAACAGGGAACCGUGUGAAGAAGAGAUCUGAGUUUUUGUCUCCAGAAGGAGAAUUCUUCUCCUCUAGGAAGGAAGCCAUUGAUUUCCUCAUACGCACUUGUGCACCCCAGACUGAUAUAAGUUUACUGAGGAAAGGUCUCAAACUAAAAGUAAACGCUGACUGGAAAGAGGGAGCUCUGGAUAUACCCCAGGGUUGGAAAAGCAGAGAAACCCUUUCCACGGAUAACAAGCUCAGAACCUUCUACCUCUCACCAGGGGGUUUAAGCUUUGCUUGUCGCCAGGCUGCGUACGAUCACAUGAUCAAAGUUGGAACAUAUGCUCCGCAGGAUGUUGAUCUGAUGCAUCAAGGUCUCAAGGACAAGAGUAGAGUUGGGAAGAUGAACAAGACUGUAGGAAAAGAUAAACUAUUCCUAUCUGGUGACCCAACCAUACCUCCGGGCUGGAAGAUACGGGUCAACUCACAGGGCAGAGAAAACUUCAGGUCCCCUGCUGGACAGUUCUUUCACACCAGACAAUCUGUUCUAGAUCAUAUGCGGCAAGAGGGAUAUUCAUUAGAACAGAUAAACCUAGUGGGUAGUAGAAUAGUAAAGACGAAGAAACACCGUUCUAGUAUACAGCAGCAUACAGACUGGAAGGAGAAUGAUCCAACUGUGCCGGUCAACUGGAAGAUCAAACAGAUAACUACCGAGGAUGGACUAACUAUAACCACCUUCCUAACACCUGACGGAGUAACUAUCAGAGGUCGAAAGGCUGCGCUGACCCAUAUGCUGAAGACUGGAUUGUAUGGGAAGGAAGAUAUAGAACUAAUGCGACAGUAUUCAAAUGUACUCUGUAAAAUAAGUGAUACCUGGCUAUCUGGGGAUUCAUCUCUUCCUGCAGGAUGGAGAAUAAAGACUCAUUAUUGGGGAAAUAGAGAAAAGCACUUGUUCCGGUCUCCAGGUGGAAAAGUGUUUAACUCCCGGAAGUUGGCAGUCCAAUAUCUGGAGGAGAACGAAAUUCUUCCGACCGCAGAACUGGAAAAGUUACGGAACGGUCCAAAGAAACGGAAAAGGGGAAAACUCCCGGGAAGACGGAAGAUACUGAAAAGGGGUCCUAAAGAAGCUAGCGAAGAAAACGACACUCCCGUCGCAGAAAGAAAACAAAACGUGAAACCUAAGAAAGUCCCGCCCCCAGUUAGAAACAAUAUCCAGACGAGGAAAUCCUCAAGGAAAAUGGAAACUAUCGCUGAAGAGGACACCCUGCCUGAUCAUGAUGUUCAAAUGGCGGAAACCUCAAAUUUGGCGGGAACUGAGUCAAAAUUGGCGGGAAACGGGAAUAUGGCGGGAAUUGAAACCAAAAUGACAGAACUAAGCGCUCCGUCCCACAAGUCUGAUAAACCAGUUAUAAUAGAACCAGUUGAGGAUAUACUUGAUAUCGAGGAGGAUAGUUCCCUUCCAACCCUUCUCCCUUCAACCUCUCUGCAUAGGACACCGGCCGACGAAUUCCUGAAAGAUGAAUUAGACAAAUCUCUUGAAGAAGUCUAGAUCUUGUAAAACGUGGACAAUAUUUCUCUAACUCUCUUAUGCACAAACUAAUUUGUGGCAAUACGAUUUUUUUACAGUUGUGAUCUUUAAUCAAAUUCGGAGUUUGUUUACGUCUUUGCAGUACAUGCGUUGACGUCAUAAAGUUGUUUUUGCUGUACUGCCAUUCAUGAAUCUUAUUCGCCAAUAAAGAUGCGUACCAGUUUUGCCGCAAAUAGAUGUAAACAAACCUUCCUGUUUUUCCAGCGCAAUGGUUUAGUUAAAGGGUCUGUAAGCGUAUUUUUAGAUGGCAAUGAUCGAUUUACAACGGUAUCCUGUCUGAUCAAGUAGGAAUUCAGAUAUCAAUGGUUUUUUUUUCACUAUUCAUUUUUAAUUUUCAAUGGCGGGUUCACUGCGAAAGUAACUGCGCAUUUCUUGCUAAUACAAAGCAAUGGAGAAAUUAUCAGACCUAAACACUAUUGGAGUCAGACAAACGACGGUAUCUUUCUCAUUUUUGAUCCGAUGAAGGUACCAUUGUUAAUCGGUCAUUGCCAUCUUUGCAUGGAGGAACACUUUAAAUAUCGCAUAUACUCUCUUUAAUAAAGUCCCAGUUUUAGUUCCCACCCUAUUAGAUUUUAAUCUUCCAAACUCGUGCCUUGGAAUUAAUGUAUGCCGUCCUAUUUUGUUGAAAUGGAGAAAGCCUAGAAUUUUUUUUUUAAAUGCCGCCAAUUUUAUAUAUAGCCGCCAAAAUCAAAAAGGCUGCUAAAUUCAACAUGUCCGUAAAAUUCAAUGUAGCAGCCAAAUUUAAUAUUCCGGCACAUUCAAUAUGGCCGCCAAAUUCAAUAUGGCCCCCAAAUAUGAAAUGACCAUUGAACUGCCCCAAAACUUUCUAGAUGUUCUCUCCAUGUUAUGUUCACAAAAUAUUUAUAUAUAUUUUUAUUAAUAUUAAAUUUGCAUUUUUCUUACUAAACCAAUGUAUUAUACUUUUAAGUAGAGAAAUAAAACUUAAAUAAAUGAUAA